AGCCCAUGUUUAUUCCCUCAACAACACAAAAACAUUAUCUAUUCUGAUGGCACCAAGGAUCAAUGAUGCCACACCCAACAGAUCACCGAUGAACAGAGGUUCAUGGACCCCAGAGGAAGACAGAAAGCUUGCCCAAUGCAUUCAAUUUCAUGGUGCAAAGAGGUGGAAGACUAUUGCAGUUAAAUCAGGUUUGAAUAGAUGUGGGAAGAGUUGCAGGCUGAGAUGGCUAAACUAUCUGAGACCUAAUAUCAAGAGGGGAAACAUAUCAGAUGAAGAAGAAGAUUUGAUUCUUAGGCUUCACAGACUCUUGGGAAACAGGUGGUCUUUGAUAGCUGGUAGGCUUCCAGGACGAACAGACAAUGAAAUUAAGAAUUAUUGGAAUUCUCAUUUGUGCAAAAAAGUGAAUCAGAGAGAGGAGAGACCAGAAUCUUCAACAACACAUGAAAUUGUUGGCCAGAAUAAGAAUCCUGGGGACAACCUUGCACUGUCAGAGAACGAGGUUGCAACCAACGAAGUUGGUAACUUAGAUGUUAGUUUCAACAUUGAUGAGUUUUUCAACUUCUCUGAGGAAUCCUGUGGGUUAGAUUGGCUGAACAAGUACUUAGAACUUGACCACAUUCCUCAAACCACAGAAAACUCUUAAUUGACAGUUUUUAUUAGAGCAUUUCCAAUUAACAACUCCAUUUUAAAUUUC